UCCAUGACAACAGAAGACACAGAAAUCCUCCUCAUCAAAAACAUGACUUUCAUCUUCAUCUGGACUCUCCUCUGCUGCUGCUUCACAGAGUCCAGAGGUCAGAUCACAGUGACUCAGCCUGGAUCAGUGAGUUCUGCUCUGGGAGACUCUGUCACCAUCAGAUGUCAAACCAGUCAGGACGUGUACAAUGAUGGGUCUGAUGACAUAUUGGCCUGGUACCAACAGAAAGAUGGAAAGACACCAAAACUCCUUAUUUACUGGGCAAGCCAUAGAGAAUCUGGGAUUCCAGAUCGUUUUUCAGGCAGCAGAUCAAACUCUGACUUCACUUUGACCAUCAGUGGAGUUCAGGCUGAAGAUGCUGCAGUUUAUUACUGUCAGAGUUAUCAUGAAAUCAACAGUCAGCAUGUGUGUUUUCCAUUUGGAUCUUCAGAACUAAACUUGGGUGAUGUCCGUCCCUCCCUGACGGUGCUGCCCCCCUCCACAGAGGAGCUGCAGCAGGGGAAGGCCACGCUCAUGUGUCUGGCCAACAAGGGCUUCCCCUCAGACUGGAGUCUGUCCUGGAAGGUGGACGGCAUCAUCAGUAGCAGCUGGGAGGAGAGCAGGAGCCCCGGGGUGCUGCAGGAGGACAGCCUCUACAGCUGGAGCAGCACCCUGAGGCUCCCUGCAGACCAGUGGAGGAAGGUGGGCUCUGUGAGCUGUGAGGCCACCCAGGGCUCCCAGACUCCACUCUCAGAGAAACUGAGGAGAGACCAGUGUUCCCAGUCCUGA